AUGGCUUAUACGGGUAAGAAGGUUCACGAACUACGAGCUAUGUGUAUGGAACGUGGGUUACCGAAGGAGGGUGUUAAAAACAAACUGAUAAGUCAACUGGAACGUUAUGACCUCGAGAAAGUAAACAUAAAGCGGGAGGGUAUGGAGAUCGACUGCCUGGACGUCUCUCUUCUUAUACCAGCCGCUUCUGCGGUGACUACUUCCUCGCAUGAGACUUCGACUCAAAAUAUGUCACAGCCUCUUCUCCUGGAGGUGCCUUCUCCUCCAGAAUCUCCACAAUCAAUGGAAGAUAGUGAAGGGUCUCUUGAAUCUAUUGAUGAAUCUUUGGAACGACGAGAUCAAUCCGAAGAACCAUCAUCAUCGUUACCAGCCUCAGCCACCACAUCCCCAAUAAUCAGUAAUGAUGUUGCUAUUGAAACGACCGCACCCAUCACUACUAAUAACUCGCAACAACAUCAGACUGCAUCUUCUUUGGGGAUGCUACCAUCAUCAACUCGUCAAUCCAUGUUAUGCGAGUUCUCAUCACAUCAAAGUUCCAUUCAGAGCGAAAUUGACCGCGACCUCCUUGCUCAAUUGAUAGUAGAAAGAAAAUCGCUUUUGCAAAGCCCGAAUAUAUAUAUGUUAUACAAUAAGGGAACCACGAUCAAUCAGUCCCGCAAUGGUGUGCAGUAUAAUUAUGACCUGCUGUUAGAGAUAGUUCAAAGUUCUUGGAUCUACAAUGACGGAGAGAUACCUUUAUGGCUGAAGGAGGCAUAUGAUGCAACUUUUGGCACAUCAUAUUGGGAAACAAGUGUGGUCAGUCCUGGUAUCGAUGCAGAUGAAAUAUUUUUGUUAAAGGACGAUAAUCAAAUGAUGCCAAUGGAAUACAUUUUCCUAAGUUAA